AUGCGAUGCGUAAAGGGCUCUGGCACCAACCAGGGCGCGGUGAAAUACAAAGGGAAGACGGGGGCAAAAAAGACAUUAACUCGAAUACUAAACAUAAACUACUACUUAUACCUCUACUACCAAAUAAAUCUACUACUACAACAAUGCCUUUCACCUACUCAAAAGCUACCGGCGGCCGUCGUUUCGGGCUCGGCUUCUCUGCCAACAGACACGGCGUCAGGCCCAAUGCUAGGUUUAGCUGCUGCGGGUUCAACUGCUUCAGGUAGACGGCACAAUAUUGUCACGGAUAGAAACAUACACUCUUUUAACGGCGCGUAA